GUCGGGGACAUGGUGGGCUCGCCGCUCCGGCCUGGAGAGACGGCUGGCGCUGCUGGCCACGGUGCUGGGCCUGAUGGCCGUUGGUCUGGCCGUGGCCGUUCUGCUGGUGGCCGUCUCGGCGCCAGGUACAGGUAGCUCGGAGCACCUGAUAGAGCGACGCUCUAUCUCCGCAGCACAGAAUUCGCAGGCUGCCGGUCCGCGGCACCACAUCGAGGACAUCUGCUUCACCAAGGGCUGCGUUCAGGCAGCGUACACCAUCAUGACCAACAUGGACACCAGCGUGAAUCCGUGCGAUGACUUUUACGAGUUCGCCUGCGGGUCGUUCCUCAAGAGCACAGUUAUCCCGGACGAGAAGACGUCGAUCUCGCAGUUCACGGUCGUCGCCGACGCGCUGAAGAACAAGAUGCGGAAGCUGGUGGAGGCGCCUGUGGCCGAGGACGAGCCCGAGGCGACCAAGCUCAUCAAAAACCUCUACGUCAGCUGCAAGGAGAAAGAGAGGAUCGAGGAGCGAGGCCUACAGCCGCUGCAGGACGUCCUGGAGAAGAUGAAAGGCUGGCCGGUGGUCGAAGGCGACAAGUGGGACGAAGAGGGCUUCCACUGGACGCGAGCCAUCUACCGCAACCGCGCGCUCGGCUACUCCAUCGACCACAUGUUCGACUUCUCCGUUACGACCGACGUGAAGAACUCCUCCUGGCGCAUCCUUGACUUCGACCAGGCUUCGCUGGGUCUUCCGCGCAAGUACCUCAUCAAGGGGUUCGAUGACCCGGACAUCCAGGCCUACUACAAGUACAUGGUGGACAUGGCGGUGAUGCUGGGAGCUGAGAAGGAGCGCGCUCGUUCCGAGCUGAAGGAGUCCCUCCUGUUUGAAAUCCAGCUGGCCAACAUAUCGCUGCCGGCCGAGGAGCGGCGCAACAUCACCAAACUCUACAACAAGAUGACGCUGGGCGAGAUGUCGCGGCUGGCGCCUAACAUCCCCUGGGUGACGUACGUCAACAACCUGCUGCGCGCCGCCGGACAUCAGGUCACUGCCGACGAGCCCGUCAUUGUGGACGUGCCCGACUACGUGAAGAAGGCGGCCGCUCUGCUCGAGGUCACACCCAAGAGGGUACAGGCCAACUACAUGCUGUGGCGUGUGGUGUACGGUUCGGUGGGAAUGCUGACGGAGGAGGCGCGUGACGUGCAGCUGGAGUUCUCGGCCAAGCUGACCGGCCAGACGCAGCGCAAGCCCCGCUGGAAGGAGUGCCUCGAGGGUGUCAUGGGCAGCCUGUCGCUAGCCGUCGGCUCGCUGUACGUUCGGAACCACUUCGACCCGACGGCGCGGCAGGCGGCGCUUGAUAUGGUCGAGCACAUCCAUCAGGAGUUCAACAUCAUGCUGGGCGAGGUCACCUGGAUGGACGACAAGACCAAAGAACGCGCCAAGGAAAAGUCGAAGGCCAUCAACUAUCACAUCGCGUAUCCGGAGGAGAUCCUGAACGAGACGGCGCUCGCCAUAGUAUAUGACGGCCUGUACAUCGACGACGAGCACUACUUUGAGAACAACAUCAACAUGAGCGUGUUCGGCACCAACUACGCCUUCAAGAAGCUCCGUGAGCACAUCGACAAGAACGACUGGCGCACUCACGGGUCGGCGGCCGUCGUCAACGCCUACUACAGCCCCAUCGAAAACAGCAUCAUGUUCCCGGCCGGCAUCCUGCAGGGCAUCUUCUACGACUACGACCGGCCCAAUUACAUGAACUACGGCGGCAUCGGCUUCGUGAUCGGGCACGAGAUAACCCACGGCUUCGAUGACACGGGCCGGCAAUUCGACAGCAAGGGCGACUUGCUGGACUGGUGGGAGCCGGUGACCAAGCGCCGCUUCCUGAAGGGUGCUGAGUGCAUGAUCCACCAGUACGGUAACUACACCGUGCCCGAGAUCAACAUGAAGAUCAACGGCAUCAUCACGCAGGGCGAGAACAUCGCGGACAACGGCGGUCUGAAGGAGGCGCGCCGCGCCUACCAACGCUACCAGGAGGAGCACGGCGUGGAGCCGGCGCUGCCGGGGCUACAGCAGUACAGCAGCGAGCAGAUGUUCUGGCUGACGUCGGCCAACUCCUGGUGCCAGACCGUGAAGGACCAGACGCUCAAGAACCGGAUGCUCACCGACUCGCAUUCGCCGGCGCGCGCGCGCAUCAACGUGCCGUUCAGCAACUUGGAGCAGUUCUCGCAGGACUGGAACUGCCCGGCCGGCUCGGUCAUGAACCCGGCGCACAAGUGCACCGUCUGGUAGAGGGCAGCACGGUCGCGCUGCCGGCGGGCCCGGGAGCCGACCGCGCGUCGCGGCCGGAGCCGCCUCCGCCGACCAGCCUUCUCGGCAACCCGGCGGUCAGCGGGGCUGAAAUUCUUGUUACUUUGUACAUAGUGCCAGCUGUUAUGGUGUACUGCGGCGGCGUGGCUCCUUGCCAGCGGGACCGACGCCUGUUGUGUUUUGGUAUGAUAAGCACUUGGGGGCUCGUUUCCCACUAGAGCCGCCCGGCACCUGACCUGCGCGCGCCGUCUGGGUCUCUCCGCAUCAUUCCUGCGCCGCCGUCCGCGUCCGUCGCCCGACGCUCGCACCGGUGCCGCCCAUGCGGGAGUGGCGAGGCGUCGCCCAGCCUCCCUUGUCCACGCGCGUCCCACGCCGCGCUGGGCCUUCAGUGCUGGCCCGCGGUGCCAUCGAUCCUUCCUGCCUGGAUCACUUGACUUCCAUCGACCGUGAAAUAUUUUAUGACCUGUAUGAUAUUCGUUAUACCUAUGCACGCAAAGACACACUCUUUCUAUAUGCUAAAGGUAUGUUAGCUCUGUGAUGCGUGAUUCCGUGCCCGUGUACCGUCGUGUUGGUUGAUGGUGGCCGCCCCGCCAGUGCUGGAUGUGCCCGCUCCGGGUGCGCCCCGAGCCCCGUGACCCGAGCUCCUGUCCACGGCGCCGCGUCCUCAUUGCAGCUGAACGGCGUGUUGACGCAAGACGAGAAUAUCGCCGACAACGGCGGCGUGCGGCUGGCGUACCGGGCGUACCAGCGGGCGGCGUUACGCCGGCCGCCGCGACUGCCGGACGUGCCGCUCACCGGCCGCCAGCUC